AUGGGCGCCUGCUCCGUCAUUCGACAGUUACCGGGCCAAGUCUGGUUCAUCCUGGGCAAUGAGUUCUGCGAGCGCUUCUCCUUCUACGGGAUGCGCGCCCUCCUCUACAUCUACCUCAAGAAUGAGCACGGGCUCGAGGGGCACGUCGCCCGCGCCAUCUCGCACGCCUUCAACUGCAUCGCGUAUUUCACGCCCGUGUUCGGCGCCGUUGCGGCCGACUCGUAUUUUGGAAAAUAUAAAGUGAUCCUGGUGGUGUCGAUCGUCUACGUGUUGGGCCACGCCCUGCUGUCGAUGGGCGCGUGGCCGGCGCUUGGGUCGGGCGUUCGCCAGACACUCGACUACCUUGGGCUGCUGACCAUCGCCCUCGGCACCGGCGGCAUCAAGCCGUGCGUCUCGGCAUUUGGCGCUGACCAGAUCCCAGCCGAUGCGGAGGAGCUGCGCGGGUCUUACUUCUCCUACUUCUACAUGGCCAUCAACACCGGCGCGCUGUUCUCCACCUUCCUGACGCCGCAGCUCCGCGACAUGCGCUGCGCCGGCGGCAAGACGUGCUACCCCGUGGCUUUUGGUGUCCCCGGUGUGUUGAUGUUCAUCGCCUUGGUCCUGUUUAUCUGCGGCUCGGCGUGGUACGUGAAGCGCCGCCCGCUCGGGCGCAACAUCUUCAAGGAGAUCUUCGGCUGCAUCUGGCUUGGCGCCAAGCGACGUCUGUCCGGGCGAGUCGUUACCCACGCUACGAUCUUCGCGUUCAGUCAGCACCCCCCGGAGCCGAAAUCGCCGGACGACGACGGCGACGCGUCCAAGUCGCAGUCAAAGUCCCAGAAGUCGCAGGUGUCGCGCCGCGGAAAGUCCGGCGUCUCCGAAUCGAAGCACAGCAAGGCGGAGUUGCCCAAGCCGGCCAAGGCGGCCAAGCCGGAGCAACCGGAUGAGUUCAACCGACGGUACCGCUGGCUCGACUGCGCCGCCCCAGAAUAUUCGCCCACGCAGAUUGUGGCCGUGAAGAGCACCCUGGCUGUCGUUGUCGUCCUGUGGCCGUUGAUCUUCUUCUGGUUCCUCUACGACCAGCAGGGCACCACCUGGGUCGAGCAGGCCACCCACAUGAACGGGCGCAUGUUCGGCAAGAUUUGGAUCAGUGCCGAGACGAUGCAAGUCAUCAACCCGAUCCUGAUCGUGACGCUGAUCCCCAUCUGCCGCUACGGACUGUAUCCGGCCCUCGAAAAAUGCGUGCACCUGACCGAGCUGCGCAAGCUGGGCACCGGCAUGUUGAUGGCGGCCGUCUCGUUUUUCGUGGCUGGCUUCUUGCAGAUCAAAAUCGACGCCGAUCUCGGUCUCCCGCCCGCCAACCAUGCCUACGUCCGCUCCCUCAACCACAACGAGAUCCCGCUCAACUCGAUCAACGGAACCGGGCAGUAUCUGCUCCGCGAAAAUUUCCUGGCCGUCCCGUUCGGCGAGUACACAUCAUCGGGCGGCCCCGAUCGGUACGCGCUGCAGCAGAAGACCUACACCGACGAGGGAGCCGUCGACAGCGUGGCUGCCAUGUUCCAUUUUGAUGAAGCCGAGAAGCCAGAGGGCGAUGACGACAAUGUGGUGUCAAACUGGGAGUUGAAAAACGGCGCCACGUUCCUCUUCACGCACCGCAUCUGGGAUGAGGUGGAAUGGAACGUGCGUGUCGGAGAUGGUUGCAAAUCAGACGCCCCCGAGAAGUGCAAGACCGUCACCCUGGAGAAUGGUGCGGCGGCCGUGUACGUCUUGUGGGUACCGGCUACCGGCGAGCCCCAGCUGGUGCAAGUGAUUUUCCUGUCCAUCACCGGCUUGGAGUUCGCCUACUCGCAGAGCCACCCGCUGAUGAAGAGUGUCAUGCAGGCCGUCUGGACGUUGACGGUGUCGUUUGGAAACUUGACGGAGAUGAUCCUGUCCAUGGUCAACCCCAUGAAGGGCAUGCCGAUGGUGGAGAUGUUCGUCUACGGCGGCAUCAUCGUCGUCGUAUGGCUCAUCUACGCCCUGCAGGCCUGCUGCUACGUGUACGUCGGCGGGUUCCCCGACGACGACGACGAGGAGCCGAUCUCGCCCACCAAGGACUCGCAGGCAUCCAAGCUAGCUGGUCAGCUGGGGUUCCGGGCAAUACUAUCGACACCCUGGAUUCCGAUACAGUACGACGACACACUAUGCUAUUCUUUAAACCCAUGCUUACAAGGAUGUGACUACAAAAACCUGCGGCAUACGGAAAAUGUAAUUUGGGGCGUACUGCAGCUGGAGCCCCGAAACUCGGCAAAUUCGGGAUUGUAUCCCCGAGCUACGAUCACGGCCGGCCGAGCGGAGCAAAAUGGAAUCGAGGAAAAUCGAUGGAAGCUAAAGAAACCUCUAUUGAAUGCGUCGAUACAC